GACACGGGUCGUACAGUUGUCUUUCGCAACGUGCUGCUCGUCCCGGACCUGACCAAGACGCUCAUCUCCAUCAGCCGGAUCACCGACAGCGCAGAUGCCGCAUCCAUCCAGUUCAAGCAAGAUUACUGCAACAUCCGAUCGAGGACACACCUGUCGAUCGUCGGCAAGUGGAACGCGGCGCGCUUGUACGCGGUGCACAGGGACGUCAUCAAGCCGAGGCCAACGGCAGACCAAGCGACCGAAGCAGAGGUCACCGAACCGAUGCUGUGGCGUGCGCUGCGGUCCCCUGGAACUCGAUGUCAGCAAUGA